CGCACCCUUCCCAUUUGCUGCCAGUAGGUCCACCCCGAGCCUGCGGUCCCCAAGUGGCCAUGCCACCCCGCACGCCCUCCCCGCGUCAAUCGUUCGUUUCCAGACCAUGCCGAGCCACACCUGCCCACAGAGUCGAGCUCUCGAAGUCCUCAUUCCCAAAAGCUCCACAGCCUGUGACCCACUAGGAGGGAGGGGGAAACCGAGGCCCGGGAGAGACGGAGAAGCCACUCUCUGAGGACCCCGGAGCCCCGCCCACGGUGCAUGGGGUCGGCACUGAAGGGGUUAAGGCCGCGGAGAAGCCCCGGGCUCAGCCCUAGGGGGCGGAUCCUGGGGCUUCCUCCCUCCAGACCAAAGGGUGCGGCUGCUGCAGAGGUGGCUGAUGCAGUGGUGGACUAGGAGCACUACUGGAAGACAGAAGGCCAGCAAGUAGAUUGGGUCGGCUGUUUUAGACCUGGUGGUUACAGGCCCCCUGUGAGGGGAGGUCCUGAGGAGGACAAAUUUGUAGCCAGAACAGUAUGGGGCCAGGACUCCUAGGUUCUGCCCCAACCUUAAGCAGCUCAUCCAUCACUCCCAGCCUCCCUCCAACGUGGGGUAGACACCUGGAUCUAUCUGCCCUGCUCUAUAGGGUAUGGGUCUCUUCCAGGUCACCUGUGCUAUCAGGUGAGUGUGGGACAAAGUGCAGCCCACCACUCCCCAGUUCCAGUAUGCAUGGUCCCCCUUGCACUCUGUCAGCCCUUCCCUGCCCCAACCCCACCCUCCCUCCUGGCACAGCCCAGCAUGGCUGUUAUCUACAGGAGGAGAGCCACUGUGGUCUGAAGAGAUGCCACUGCCUGGAGACUGGGGUCUUAACCUCCAGCCUGUCACUGAGCCACCUGCAACCUAGCAGCAGGUGACCUUGGCUCCCAGCCUGACUCAGCUGAACCUGGAUCCUGUGCAUAGGCAAGAGCUGACUCUGAGCCCUGGCCCAGCCAAGCUGACCCCUACACUAGACCCUACACACCGGAUGGAGCUGAUCCUGAGCACCAGCCCAGCUGAGCUGACUCUGGAUCCUGUGUGCCAGCCAAAGCUACCCCUGGAUUCCACAUGCCAACCAGAGAUGACCUUCAAUCCUGGUCCAACUGAGCUUACCCUGGAUCCUGAACACCAGCCAGAGGAGACCCCAGCUCCUAGCCUGGCUGAGUUGAUCCUGGAGCCUGUGCACCGCCGACCAGAGCUCCUGGAUGCUUGUGCUGACCUCAUCAAUGAUCAGUGGCCCCGCAGCCGCGCCUCCCGCCUGCACUCCCUGGGCCAGUCCUCAGAUGCCUUCCCCCUCUGCCUGAUGCUGCUGAGCCCCCACCCCACACCUGAAGCAGCACCCAUUGUGGUGGGCCAUGCCCGCCUGUCACGGGUGCUGAACCAGCCCCAGAGCCUCUUAGUGGAGACGGUGGUGGUGGCCCGGGCCCUGAGGGGCCGUGGCUUUGGCCGCCGCCUCAUGGAGGGCCUGGAGGUCUUUGCUCGGGCCCGGGGCUUCCGCAAGCUGCACCUCACCACCCAUGACCAGGUGCACUUCUAUAUCCACCUGGGCUACCAGCUGGGUGAGCCUGUGCAGGGCCUGGUCUUCACCAGCAGACGGCUGCCUGCCACCCUGCUUAAUGCCUUCCCCACAGCCCCCUCUCCCCAGCCACCCUGGAAGGCCACAAACCUGAUUGCCCAAGCUGCCCCAAGGAGUCCCAAGGGACCUCCAUUGCCACCACCCCCUCCCCUACCUGAGUGCCUGACCACCUCACCCCCAGUUCCAUCAGGGCCCCCUUCAAAAAGCCUGCUGGAGACACAAUAUCAAAAUGUGAGGGGGUGCCCCAUAUUCUGGAUGGAAAAAGACAUCUGAGGCCAUCCGGGGCAAGGAACUGUCUUUCUGGUUCAAUAGACUGCCCCAGACAGUCUACAAGCCUCAGCCCACUGACCAUACCUCAGCCCUUAGCCCCUGGGGGGCAGCUUUAACCUGGGCAUGUUUCCUGGGUACCAGUGGGGCCAGGAGGUGGCUCUGGCUCAGAGCUGUCAGUGUGGCUGAAUAAAGGCUCUCUUAGGUA